AUGCAUAUCUCCAAAAAGCUCGCUCUGGCUCAUGAGAACAAGAAGCCAACGUUCUCGUUCGAGUUCUUUCCACCCAAGACGGCCCAGGGUGUCCAAAACUUGUACGACCGAAUGGACCGUAUGCAUGAAUUGGGACCGGCUUUCAUUGACAUUACCUGGGGCGCAGGAGGGAGGCAUUCACAGUUGACUUGUGAAAUGGUGAAUGCGGCGCAGACUCACUACGGACUGGAGACGUGCAUGCAUUUGACUUGUACCGAUAUGGAACGCUCCCAGGUGGAUGAAGCACUUCGCUAUGCCUACAAGGCCGGCUGUACCAAUAUUCUGGCCCUUCGAGGAGAUCCACCAAGAGACCAGGAGAAAUGGGAGGCCAAAGAUGAGGGCUUCCGCUUUGCAAAGGAUCUCAUUAAAUACAUCAAGUCCCAAUACGGAGAUCACUUUGACAUUGGCGUCGCCGGCUAUCCUGAAGGCUGUGACGAUAACCGCGACGUGGAUCUUUUGAUUGAACACCUGAAGGAAAAAGUCGAUGCUGGAGCGUCGUUCGUUAUCACUCAAAUGUUUUAUGACGUCGACAUCUUUCUGAACUGGGUACAAAAGUGUCGUGACCGGGGUAUCAACGUACCGAUCAUCCCCGGCAUCAUGCCCAUUUCGACCCACGCUGCCUUUCUUAGGCGGGCAAACUGGACCAAGUGCCAUAUUCCUCCUGAAUGGCAUGAGGCCUUGGAGCCUGUCAAGAAUGACGAUGCCGCGGUCAGAGAUAUCGGAAAAGACCUUGUGGCCCAAAUGUGCCGCAAGAUCGUCGACGCCGGCAUAUUGCACCUUCAUUUUUAUACCAUGAACUUGGCCCAGGCUACAAAGAUGGUUCUCGAAGAGCUAUCCAUGACUCCCGCAACCUCCGGAAUGCCGCUGGAGAAACCAUUGCCCUGGAGACAGUCCCUGGGAUUCAAUCGGAGAGACGAAACGGUGCGACCAAUUUUUUGGCGAAACCGGAACACUUCCUACAUUACGAGAACGGCUGACUGGGAUGAAUUUCCCAAUGGUCGUUGGGGUGACAGUAGGAGUCCUGCGUUCGGUGAACUUGACGCCUAUGGCAUCGGCUUGAAAGGAACCAACGAAGCCAACAUCAAGCUGUGGGGCAAGCCAAAGACGCUGCGUGAGGUCACCGCACUCUUCGUCCGCUUCCUGGAAGGGAAUCUGGACAGACUACCGUGGAGCGAAGGUGCUAUCUCAACAGAAGCAGACAGUAUUAAAGCUGAUUUGCUCAAACUGAAUCGAAAUGGUCUCUUGACAAUCAACUCACAGCCAGCAAUCGACGGCGCCCCUUCAACUCAUCCCGUUUAUGGAUGGGGUCCAGCGGGGGGGUGGGUCUAUCAGAAGGCAUACCUGGAAUUACUCGUCUUUCCUUCAAUAUUCAGCACGGUCAUGGAGCGACUUGACGCCAACAAAAAUCUCACAUAUUAUGCAGUCAACCAGAAAGGUGAACUUUACACCAACACCAAAGAUGAGGGCCCAAAUGCGGUGACUUGGGGUAUUUUCCCAAAUCGAGAGAUCGUUCAGCCCACCAUCGUGGAAACAGUUUCUUUCCUCGCGUGGAAAGAUGAAGCUUUCCGUCUCGGGCAGGACUGGUCGAAAUGCUAUCCGGCCGGAUCCGGGAGCAGAAAGUUGAUCGAGACCAUCAUGGAUGAGUGUUACCUUGUCAACAUCGUGAACAAUGAUUUCCAUCAGACACAUGAAAUUUUCAAGGUGUUUGAAGGUCUCCAAGCGCAGGAUCUUGACAAAGUUUUUGAGGACACUGAUAUCGAUGACCAUCGAAAUGCGACGAGAGAUGUUGUCAAAGGUGAUACACGGGCCACCGAGGUGGAGAAGAAGAUUGCGAGUGGGAAUCAGCAAGCUGUCCCUUUCCAGGCGAACGGCGUUGUUCUAUCAAACUGA